UUCGCAUUGACUCCGAAUCAAAAUCCUUGAUCAUGGCUAUUCACCACAGUGGUAUUCGACCAGUGACACUGAUCCGACCGUGCCCGCCGACAACACAGACGCUUCAUCCACUUGCCGUACAAGCUCGCUGACUCCCCGUCUCGUUCUUCCGAGUCGCCGUCCAGGAGUCGACAUGCCGUCUCUUCGAGUUUUGUCGACAGUAUUGGACCUACCUGGCCGACUCCAGCAGCGACGCAAUGCCUCUGUAGAGUCAUCGUCACCAGCAUGGCAGGAGCGUGCUCAAGAGGACGUCUCGAACUCCGUGCGCGCAGACCAGGAGACGCAGCCUACACCGGCGCAAGCUCGGGCCAACGAUGAGUUCAAGCUCCCGAAGAUGACUUCGUUGGUGAUUGUCCUGCUGGCUAGCGCCCUGUUGCAGGUGUCGUUCUUCAUCGUGGUCUCCUCUUCGGACGAGUACGCAGAGUACUUGGGCGGUACAGCGACGUUCUCCGGUCUCGUCAUCGGUAUUCCUACCGUGUUCUCCGGACUGGCUUUGGUGCCUCUCACGAAGCUAGACAAAGGUGGCUACAAGCGACCUCUGCACUUCGCAUGUGCGUCGGCGCUCCUCGGUAACAUCCUCUACAGCCUGGCCUACCGCGCGAACUUCCUCUAUCUCAUCCUCAUUGGUCGUAUUGUCUCCGGCUUUGGAUUCACCUUCUGGAUGUACUCUAAGCGGUACUGCUCCGAUCCAAGAAUUGUCGGCGUACGGCGAAGGACCAUGCUUGCCGGUUGGCUAGUUCUGGGGCAAGGUGUGGGGUUCAGCGCGGGCCCGUUCCUAGGCGGUUGGCUUUCCAACUCAGUGUUCAACGGGUACACGAGCCCAACUUGGAUCCUUGCUGGGAUCUGGGCUGUCUUCUGGGCUAUCGCUGCGGCCGUCUACGAAGACGCACCCGAGCCCGCGCCCUUGGCCGCAGAAAUCGAGCUACAAUCGAUGCCGAUACAAGAGCAGGUCGUGAUGAAUGAAGUGAAGGACAAAUCUACCGCCUCUGUCGCAGGUCCAAGUUCCAGUGCAGCGCCAGCGUUCCUUGUGUCGGACGUGCCAGCGGAGCCUCCUUUCCGGAUGACUUGGGCGCAGAUUGGCGUCACCGCGACAAUGUGCUGGUUCGCCAUGACAUGUUUCUUUAUCCUCGGCGCCUGGGAAGCGAACAUCCCCGUCUUCACUGGAUCGAACUCUACGCUGAACCCCUUCCACUUCAACCCGUCGGCUGCCGGCGACCUCAUCGCGCUUGGCGGCGUCUGCACCAUCCCGUUCCUGCUCGUAAACCUCCUCGUCGCGCGGCACGUGCAGGACCGGCACACGCUCGCGGUCGGCUCCGGGCUCGGACUCGUCGGACUGCUCAUCGCCAUCUCCAUCCUGCACGCGGAUCAGGUGAACUACGGCAGCCUGUGGGCCUGCUGGUUCCUCGUCGCGCUCGGCUUCAAUCUCGCGAGCACGGUGACGCUCAGCCUGCUCUCGAAACAGCUCCCGGGCGCGUGGAACGGCCGUAUCAGCAUGUUGAUCCAGUAUAGCAACUAUACGGGGCGCGUGACCGGCGCGGUGUGGGGCGGCGCGGGCGUGAAGAUCGGUAUGCUGAGCUUCGUCGGCAUGCAGAUCGCGCUUGUCGGGAUUGGCGCGGUGAUGUUCUCGACGCUUUGGAGACAGCUCAAGGCGAAGACAGGUUAAGUGGUCGAUGGGGUAUACUCUAGGUAUACUUCUCGACGUUUACUAGCGCAGGGCAACGCGAGCCCUCGAUAUAUAUCUACCUCGUCGUACUCCUAAUGCUUGACGGUGUCACACCUGGAGGACGGUCUUCAUCAUCUGACGACGGCUCGCCACUUACGUCUGUCGAGGUGUUUGCACACCACCACCGGUUCGACGAAUGUGCAACUUCCUUCGCCACACACGGGGUCGACGUCGA